CUCACGGCUCCGGGGGAAGCCACAGACCUCAGCUGGACGAGCUGAGCCUGGACUAGAGGAACUUUCCGCGGGACUCGGGAAGGACAGCACCGCCCCCCCACCCCCCGCGGCUGUCGGCGAGCCGGAGCACCAGGCGAGCGCGGCGGCGGCAGGUCCUCGGUGCGCCCCCCGCGUCAGGGCCUGGGUGGUGCGGUGGCUGCGGGAAGCUCCGGGGCUGCAGGGCCCGGUGCCAGUGCGCGCGCGCCAGCCGGCCCGGGGCCGCGUCCGCCGUACGGCCCUCGCAGCCGGCCUCUGCGCCCUCGGGCAGCCCGUCUCCCGCCGCCCGCCGCUGCCCCGAACAUGGCUGCGCGCCGCGCCGCCACCCUCGCCUGCUCGCUGCUGCUCCUGUCCGCCGCUCUGCUCCCCCGCGGCUGCCGGGCGCGCUUUGCCGCGGAGCCGGACUCGGAGCACGACGCAGAGGAGACGCAGGUUUUUCCCGAGUCGCCGAUGCAGAGACCCACGGUGCUAGUGGCCAUCCUCGCCCGCAACGCUGCGCACGCGCUCCCGCACUUCCUCGGCUGCCUGGAGCGGCUGGACUACCCUAAGAGCAGGAUGGCCAUCUGGACAGCCACUGACCACAAUGUGGAUAAUACAACAGAAAUACUCAGGGAGUGGUUGAAAAAUGUACAGAGCUUCUAUCACUAUGUGGAGUGGAGGCCUAUGGAUGAACCAGAAUCUUACCCUGAUGAAAUUGGACCAAAGCAUUGGCCAGGCUCCCGGUUUGCCCAUGUGAUGAAACUACGGCAGGCAGCCCUUCGAACUGCGAGGGAAAAAUGGUCAGACUACAUUCUGUUCAUAGAUGUUGACAACUUCCUGACUAAUCCACAGACCCUCAAUCUAAUGAUUGCAGAAAACAAAACCAUUGUGGCACCCAUGCUGGAGUCUCGGGGCCUGUACUCUAAUUUCUGGUGCGGAAUCACACCUCAGGGCUUCUAUAAACGCACCCCAGACUACCUUCAGAUCAGAGAAUGGAAGAGGUUGGGCUGCUUUCCCGUCCCUAUGGUUCACUCCACAUUCCUAAUUGACCUCAGGAAGGAAGCCUCCGACAAGCUGAUGUUCUAUCCCCCGCACCAGGACUAUACCUGGACCUUUGAUGACAUCAUCGUCUUUGCCUUCUCCAGCAGGCAAGCAGGCAUCCAGAUGUACCUCUGCAACCGAGAGCAUUAUGGCUACCUGCCCAUCCCCCUGAAGCCCCAGCAGACCCUGCAGGAGGAAAUCGAGAACCUCGUCCACGUGCAGAUAGAAGCGAUGAUUGACGGUCCUCCAAUGGAACCCUCCCAGUUUGUUUCAGUUGUCCCUAAAUAUCCAGACAAGAUGGGAUUUGAUGAGAUUUUCAUGAUCAACCUGAAGCGCCGAAAGGACAGGCGGGACCGGAUGUUACGCACCCUGUACGAGCAAGAGAUUGAGGUCAAGAUCGUCGAGGCUGUGGAUGGAAAGGCACUCAACACAAGCCAGCUAAAGGCCCUGAAUAUUGAAAUGCUGCCAGGAUACCGAGAUCCCUACUCUUCUAGGCCUCUCACCAGGGGUGAAAUCGGCUGCUUUCUCAGCCACUACUCUGUCUGGAAAGAGGUGAUUGACCGAGAGCUGGAGAAGACUCUGGUUAUUGAGGAUGAUGUGCGCUUUGAACAUCAGUUUAAGAAGAAGCUGACGAAGCUGAUGGAUGACAUUGACCAGGCUCAGCUGGAUUGGGAACUGAUUUAUAUCGGCAGGAAGAGGAUGCAGGUGCAAGAGCCCGAGAAAGCAGUGCCCAACGUGGGAAAUCUGGUCGAAGCCGACUACUCCUAUUGGACGCUGGGCUACGUCAUCUCUCUGGAAGGAGCACAGAAGCUGGUUGGAGCCGAUCCCUUUGGGAAGAUGCUGCCAGUGGACGAGUUCCUGCCAAUCAUGUACAACAAGCAUCCUGUAGCUGAGUACAAGGAAUAUUACGAAUCCAGGGACCUGAAGGCCUUCUCCGUGGAACCCUUGCUCAUUUACCCCACACACUACACGGGCCAGCCGGGGUAUCUGAGUGACACAGAGACCUCGACCAUCUGGGACAAUGAGACAGUGGCCACCGACUGGGACAGGACCCAUUCCUGGAAGUCCCGGAAGCAAAGUCACAUCCACCGCAAUGCCAAGAACACAGAGGCCUUGCCGUCGCCAACCUCCCUGGACGCUGUGCCUUCGAGGGAUGAGCUAUGAAGUCUCUGGGCGGAUUCACCACCCUUGAUUUUUCUCACGGGCUAUUCAUCUGUUUGCUCCAGUUUCUUUUAGUGGUCACAGUCAUCUAACCAAAGUGGUCUACUGUGAUUAAGCAAAAUUAAUAUAUUCCUGACAGGGGAGGAUAAGAGGGAAACUUAACCCAAAUUUCCUAGGAUGGCUAGAAGAUAGGCUUUAUGGCAACCAUCGAGAUGAACUUCAAUCCAGAUACCUAGCCCUUCAGUGUAUUAUCCGUAUGAUACUGCUUCCUACAUUAACAGUACGGCCCAGAGACGCAUCCCUGAAAAAGGUAGUCACAUCAGUAAAUGGGUAGGCAAGGAGCUGAGCCAACUGGACUACAUCCACUGGUCUCGUGGGUCCAUUUUACAUCAUAGGUGUGACCUUGAAAACUUGUGUAUGUAACAAGUUUGUGAGGGAGGAGGGUCAAAUCAUUUAAAAUCAAAUUAAUUGAACUUCGGUUUAAAGGAAUUCUCUCAUGAGCCAAAGGGAGCUGUUCAUCCUAGUCCUCGUUAUCCACUAGCGAUGGGUAUUUGGGUCUGUCUGAGACUUGGCCUUUGACUAUCAUGGCAGUUGAAGCUCUCCUAAAGAGGCGUCACGUUUGCCAUGUGGGUAGAGUUUAGUAGCUAUUUGAAAGUUUGUGUAGAUAUUUGAGGAAAAAAGAACUCAGUCUUUGGCCUUUUAUUGUGGUCACUUGAGUUAGGAUGCUCUAUUUAUGAAGAUAAAUUUAAUAUAUAAGGGGUUCGGGCUGGUGUCUGACUUCUGUCCCAGGGGACCCUGUGCUGCUGCAACAGGUCACACUCUCCCUCCACGCCUGAGCCUGGGAACAAAUUGUGAGUGUGAGUUUUAUGAGUCACUGUUAAGAGGCAGAGCACAUUUUCAAGCCAGCAACCGUCCUUGCCUGGUUUUUUCGUUCUAUUUUGAAUUAUUUAUUCUACAAAUGUGGGGAAAAUAUCUGUAAGAUAAGGCAGAGAAACAGAUUUUUCAAGCUUUCAUAGCACCCUGGGGAUUAGUGAGUGUGCGGUCUGGUUCUCCUGCAUUUCCUAGCCUGGCUUUUGCAGGGAGGCCUGUGGAGUGGGAGAUUCUCACCAUCUGGAAACAAAUGCUUUUCCAUUUCAGAUGACAGACCUCAGUCAGAAACAAUGGGCCGAUCCACUGAGUUAGGCCAACAACCAGGGAAGCUCUCAGAGUCAGCGUCCUGGGCAGAUGACCUCCCUGCUUUCCUCAUAGAUUGACUUUCUGGAAAGGGCAGUGUUGGGCUACAUAUUCCCUGCCAAUUCCACAAUCUGUGUUCCUCAGAUAUCUCAUGAUGGUUUGCCUCAGGUUUGUGUUGCCCGCCUGCAAGCAGUAAGAUUUUGCUUCCAGAAAUACGCCCCCCACACACACUCCUCUCUGAGCUUCACGCUUUGGAGCAGAGCCCGUGGGCAGGGCUGCUGCGUGAACCCAGCUGAGUGCUCGCUGGUGAGGCCCCCAGGCUGCAGGACAACAUGGCUGCUCGCCUUCCACAGAAUGGCCUCCUUGACUUACUGUCGACACUCUCCCUCGCUGACUAGUAAGCGAGGAGGCUGAGGAAGGGGAUCUCAGCCGACUUCAGUUUUUAUGCUUAGACAUACCUGUCAGAGCCUCUUUUUUUUCUAGAAAAACAGAAAGAGCAUCUGGAGAGCUAGUGAAAAACCCUUCGGUGAUCUCUAAGGUUUCCUUGGGUAUUUUGUAUUUUGUUUGCAUAUUUGAAUGCGUGCAAGUGUGCCUGACUUUCACGAUAUAUAUUUUUUUAAUAGAGUGGGAUGUGGUUGGGAGAUUGGGAGUGGAGAAAGAUUGAGUUGACUUUUGUGUGGUUUUUUUUAAUGGAGAACAUUUUUUUUUUCCUUUUGCUGUCAGCUGGUCUGAUGGUUUAUGAAUUCUCGUUCUUAAAAGAUAUUGGUCUUAAAUUCUAGAACUUUAGAUUAGGACUGUUCUACUGUGAAUAAAGUUCUGGCUCUGUUCACCCAGCCUUUGCUUCCGCCUGCUCAGGGCUGGGAUCCCAAGCAGCGCUCUUUUGUUGUGAACAUUGUGCUCUGCACACCCGCAUUUGUUUUCAAAAAGUCGUCUCUUCAACAGUCCAGGGGUUCCUUGACCUCAUUAUUCUUCCUGCCUCCCCUCUUGUCUUAAGUCAAGACAUUUGACCUUUGCAGCAUCAGAGGGCUUUGCCUGGGCCAUGGCACCUGCUCUUUGCCUCUGGAAGUUAAACCCUGUCGGGAAUCCUGAUCUGGAUCCCUCUGGAUCUCCGGAUCCAAGGUGGGAACUUCUGGACGACAAGCCUGACUUGAGCUGCUGAGUGUGGACCGAGGACCUACGAUUUGCAGAGGACACACUGCAUGGGCCCUGCUUUGGGUUGCCUGGGGCCUGCGGCGGGAACUCCAGAGGACGAGAAAGAGCCGGUAUCCCAGCAUCCUACACUGUCUAUCGUGCUGUGUCAUUUCAGGGAGGGGAAAUGAUAAACUACUUGCCUUCUAGAAAUCUUUGUG